GACAUGCUGGACUUCCUGGUUCAGUCGGGUGAUAUCAGCAAACCUGAUGGUCUAUUGGCUACCUGGUUUCACAGAGCUAAUAGCAAGGAGGAAAUGAACAAAGCUCUCACAAGUGAUGCUAUGAUCCUGGAGUCUGAUAUCACUCUGCAGGGUUACGGAACACCUGAUGUGAUGCCAAUCCCCAUCAUGGCCCACCCUCCUAACGUCUAUAGUGACAACACUCUGGACCAAUGGUUGGAUGCUGUGCUGGCCUCUAGAAAAGGCAUUAAGUUGGAUUUUAAGGCUCUGAGCUCAGUGGGUUUGUCCUUGGACCUGCUGAUUCAAAAGAACCGUAGCAGAGGAAUAAACAGGCCUGUGUGGCUCAAUGCAGACAUCCUCCUAGGUCCCAACGUACCUACCUUCCUGCCUCCAAUCAAUGGAACCAGCUUUCUGCAGCUUAUUCAGGAGAAGUUUCCAGAUGUGACAGUGUCGCCGGGAUGGAUGGUUGCCUAUGCUCCACCAAUUCUUAUAGCAACCUACACCAGGUCCAUGGUAGAAGAUAUGUACAAUAUGAUCCAAAAUAUCUCCCAAAAGGUGACAUUCCCAGUUCAUGCCAUGUUGGUUCGCAGCGGCUGGCAGCACAUCAGCUGGCUCCUCAGCCAGUCACCACGGUUCAGUCUGACAUUGUGGCAGGGUUCAAAUCACCCAACAAUCAAUGACCUGCUGUUUGUUCGUGAGAACUGCCACCCUGCCAGAGUCUACUACGAUAUAUAUGAGCCAACGCUGUCCGCAUUCAAAGAGGCUGCAAGGCAGCAGGGCCUUCUGAGGAGAUUCUAUCCUGGAGGAGACCUGAUGGACUUCCUCCAUCCAACUCACAACUCAGACGACGACUUCCUGUUCAGGGUCACCCAACAGAACAGCCUGGCAGUCCGCUGGUUCAGAGUCACUGAUCGGACCUCCCUGUUGGCUCAGCUUUCAGAUGGUGAUGGUGGUAUGCUGGUGGUUCACGUGGCCUCUGACAGUAACGGACCUGGAGUCCCUCUGGUGGAGGGUUCUGGAAAAAGCUCAGAGGCCUUCACACUGCAGGACAUCCUGCAGCUGCUUGGGCAGAGAGCUGAUGUUCCGUUUGGUGUUCUCCUGCGGAUCCACACUCAGCAGCUUCUAGAAGCUUCUCUCAAACUGCUGCACUCGGCCUACAUCCAAGAGAAGCUCUACAGGCCUGUCUGGAUCCACAUGGAGGGUUUACAGAGCGCUGAUGACACCAAGGAGUUUGUUUCCACAGUGGAGAGGCUGUUUCCUUACGUCACCCUCGUCCUGACUGAGCCUCUGAUCCCAGUGACCGGACUGUCUCAGAGGGUAGCUCUACAUGUGGGCACUGCAUCACUGCCAAACGGACAGGAGGCGCUCCACUCUCUAAUGGGAAUGAUGGAGAGAUAUGACCUCAUAGUGGAGGAGGACACAAUAAGCAGCGCUGGAGCUUUCUCUGCCUUCAAAGGACUUCUGAGCCAGCGGGCAGGGAGAGCAAACACAAAGCUGUAUGUGAUAUCUGAUCAAUCCUAACUGAGGAGGGACAUGACCAACCCACAAUUACAGCACUUCAAAUAAAUA